AUCUAUAAUCUAUUAUCUAUGGAAAAAUGGCAUGGCUGAUUGUGUUGCGCGGUAUUGCAUGAUCCGUUAUUGAUAUAGUUUAAUAUGGCUAAAGGCGAUAAAGAGUUAGAAAAACCAAUUGUGAACAAUGAAUUACCAAAUUCAGAGGGCCGUAGCACUGACAACGAGGACUCUGAGUCCACACAGGAGCAACCUUUGGACAUCGGAGAGCAUUACUUAGUGCGGCGUUCGGAUGAGUCAUGGCACCCGGCUGAGAUAAUACAAACGCGGUACAACGCAGGGGAAUCGUGUUAUGAAUACUAUGUGCACUAUGUCGGCUACGAUAGAAGACUCGACGAGUGGGUUUCGCGCCACCGGGUCAUGUCCGAUAGGUUUGACGUGUGUGAAAACUCUAAUAACAACAUAAACUCCGAUCACUUGCUCACCGACAAAUCCGGUCGCAAAAUAACCCGCAAUCAAAAACGUAAACAUGACGAAAUCAAUCAUGUGCAGAAAUCGUACGCGGAGAUGGACCCCACGACGGCGGCUUUGGAAAAAGAACACGAAGCUAUUACCAAAGUGAAAUACAUAGAUAGGAUUCAGAUCGGCAAAUACGAAAUAGACACUUGGUACUUCAGCCCUUACCCGGACGAGUACGGAAAACAGUCGAAGCUGUGGAUUUGUGAAUAUUGCCUCAAGUACAUGAGAAUGGAGAAGACGUACAGAUAUCAUUUGAGCGAGUGUACAGCGCGACAACCUCUAGGCAGCGAAAUAUAUAGAAAAGGUACUAUAGCAAUUUUCGAAGCAGAUGGUAAGGAACAUAAAAUAUACUGUCAGAAUCUUUGUUUGCUGGCUAAAUUGUUUUUAGAUCACAAAACUCUUUAUUUUGACAUAGAGCAAUUUCUUUUUUAUAUUUUGUGCGAAGUCGACAAGCAUGGAGCUCAUCUUGUUGGUUAUUUCUCCAAAGAAAAGGAUUCUCCUGAAGGCAACAAUGUUGCUUGUAUACUCACUCUGCCGCCAUACCAGAGACAAGGUUACGGUAAACUGCUAAUAGCUUUUAGCUAUGAACUGUCAAGGCUUGAACAAGUCGUUGGUAGCCCCGAGAAGCCACUAUCGGACUUGGGUAAGCUAAGUUACAGAUCCUACUGGUCCUAUGUAUUAUUAGAAGUGCUAAGUGCGAGUCGCGGUACUCUUAGUAUCAAGGACUUGAGUCAGAUGACUGGUAUAUCGCAGACAGAUAUAAUUUCUACUCUACAAUCUAUGAAUAUGGUAAAGUAUUGGAAGGGGCAACAUGUUAUAUGUGUUACACCAAAGAUUGUAUCUGAACAGUUGGCCAGUUCACAUUUUAAAAAACCCCGAUUAUGCGUAGAUCCUACAGCUUUAAGAUGGACGCCUCCGAAUAAGCAAGGGAACUCGACGAAGGCAAAGAAGUAGUAUAGACUCACAGGCAGAGUUUAGAGGAAGUUUGAAUGUGAACAAAAUGGUUUUUUUAGGUUUCUCUAAGCCUGUUACUAGUUAAACAAUAUCUUAAUGUAAGUAAUUUAUUUGGUACUGUGAACAUUUUAUUUAAAAGAAGCAUUUACUUAAAGCAAGGUCCAGAGACGGAUAAAACAAUGUUAAGCUGUAAAAAUGCUCUUUUAAUAACAUUUAUUUGAUGACUGUAUUGUAUGGCUGUUCUAUGUAGAACUCUGUGUUAGUAAUUAUCACAAUGUGUGUAUUAGAAAUUAGUUAAUAAGGUAAUUGAUGGCAUUUUGAAGUAAAGAUCCCAGUUGUGAAACAUUACCAGAUUAUAUUGAAAGAAAAAAAAAAUUAAACAAAUAGAUUUGUUGAUGAUUUUUUUUUUUUAUAAAUAAUAAUUAAGUAAUAUGGUAGUGACUGUAAUGUUAUUUGAAACUUGCUUUGCAUUUACAAAAGUUGUAUUGCUAUUUGUAAGAUAAUGUGCUUUAACACGUUUGCUGCAGUACAGGGUCAAUUGACCUCGUAUGUCUAGCGUGUUCGAGGGUUACGAGGUCAAUGGACCUCGUACCGCACCAGAGAAAAGUACAGAAAAAUCAGUGCCGCAGCAAAAGUGUUAAUGAAGGAAUAAUUACGGUAUAAACUUAAGAGUAAUUAGAUAAUAUCUUAAUUGAGCCAAGCUGGGAUUCAAACCAUCCCAAUUUUAAAGAAAAAGAGAUAAAAAUUGGAAUUUGUGUAUUAUUUUAAAUACAAUUUUCACUUAUUUUGACAUUUUAUUGCAGAUUGAAUGAACAUAAUUUCAUGUGACUUUUUAGAUCUGUUUAAAGUUACUCACUAAGUUCCUCUACUGGCAAGUGAUAUUAUUUAUAAGUUUAAAUUAAUUAAUUUUUAAUUAUUGAAUUUUAAUUUUUUUUUUCAUAAUUUCUUUGUACAAUGAUAUAGUUAGUAAGUCAAAAAUUGUAAAUAUUAGAGUCUUGGAUACUCUGUGUGUAUUGAAUUUUUCAUGUACAGUUAGUUGUUUUCAUGUAUGGUUUAUUUUAAGCAAAUAGUAAAUUCAAAACAGCCCAUUCUUUGUCAUAAUAUACUCAGAGGCACAAUUAUCCGCCCACUUAAUAUGACACGAGUAUAUAAAUAAACCACUUUAAAAGUGAUCUUAAGUUCACAACAAGAUUUAUUUUAGAGUGUAUCUGAUCUAGUUCUUUCUGUACCUUUUAAGUAUCUUGGAACAGUUUCUCAUUCCUGCAUCCUUUUCACUAACUUUGUUGCCUUCAUAAAAUAAACACAAAGUUUUACUUUGUUUACUAAAUUUAGCUAAUGUAAGCUUGUAUGCCUAAAGACAUCAUGUUAGUUAAUAACUAUCUAGAUUCUAGAUACACACUCAUGAUCUAGAAUUUCUUUCCAAUGUUGUUGCUUCUAUAGUAGUAAUCGUACAUACAAUGUAGGUUCUUCAUUCCUGGGCUUUUUCUGCACUUGGUCGCAAUGUAUAUUGUGCAUAGGUUGUUUGCUUUUGAUAAACCACUCCAGCUAUCUGAGCUCGCUCCAAAAGCACUUAGCUGGCCUAUUCACUAAAUAUAAACACUUUAUUAACAACCUAUUAGAAAAAACAUCAAAUCUGAGAAAUGACAUCUACAUUCUGUAUGUUAACCAAGGAGGCAUUACAAGAUUGGAUUGGACCAAUCGGAAAUCGGAAAGUUUAUACUUAUUAAUACAAUCAGAUGAAUCUUCAAAGAUUAAUAUUUAUAGAAGAAAAAAAAAAGAAGAUAACACACGAUAGACAAGGCUAUGCCUAAUAAAAUACAAACUCAAGAAAGAACUUCAUUGAUGUCUGAACAGGCUGUAUGGUCAACGAUCUUUGCCUGUCCCAAAGUUGGGGACAAAUGAAAAAAAAAACAAAAAAUUAACCAAGGAGGGUUGUCAGUAGUUGUUUGACAUUUGUUACAUAAAAUCUCAAUUUAGUAUAUGUCUACUAACAUACUGCAUACAUCAAAGUUAGUGAAUUAGCCUGCUUGUCUCUUGCCUUGUGAAAUAUUGCUGCAGAGCCAAUGUAUUCAUAUGUAAGCUGCACUUAAAUGUAGGUUUUUAUCAAGAUAAAAUAUGGUUAUAACUAAAUAGUGUGCUUUCUCUGUUCUGAAAAGUCUCCUGUGUAUGAGGAAAAAUACAAUGACUAUAAUUUGGUACUUUGGUAAUUUGUAAGUAGAAAUUGUUGAAUGCCCAGUGUUUUAAGGUACCUUUUAUCAAUAUUUAUGAAUAAUUAAGUAAGUAAUGAAUGUAUUGAAUAAGUAAGUUUUAAAUUGUAACAGUUCCCAUUUGUACUGAAUAAUAUAAUUCUGAAUUAAUCAGUGGGUAGUAACUUUGGUUAAUAGAGCUGCAUUAAAUAAAAUAAAGCUAAGCAAAAAAGAAAUCUUUAUUUUAUGAGUUGGCAGAAAAACGACCCACCGCCAUGGUUCGCUAACUUCAUAAAUUGUCUUAACUAGCCAUGAAUAUCACAUACAGUAUCAUCAUGAGUAAAUAUUCUGUUCUUGGGCCCACGGACCACGAGCAAUGAAGAUUUUUUUUUUUCAUUAACAAGUUAACUUUUGACUACAAUCCUGAUGAUUCUGAUGGUAAGUGAUGAUGCAAUCUAAGAUGAAAGCGGGCUUUAGGAGGAAGAUAAAAAUCCACACCCCUUUAGGUUUCUACCCGACAUCGUACCGGAACGCUAAAUUGCUUGGCGGUACGUCUGCCGGUAAGUUGGUAACUAACCACGGCCGAAGCCUCCCACCAGCCAGACCUGGGCCAAUUAAGAAAACCUCAAACGUCCCAGUCGGAGUUUAAACCUAGUACCUCCGACUUGUAAAUCCACCGCGCAGACGGUGCCACGGUGGCCAUCAAAAAUCCAUUUGCGUCAUAGUUUUGUUAAUAUGUAUGCAGCUACAUUAAGCAUUAGAUAACUUUUAAAUUAUAUUCUGCACUGUAAUUAGUAAUAAUUGUAGUAUGUAUUUAGUAUUAUAACUGAUCGUAUAUUACUGCAAAACUGGCGAUUGUCACCAGCAUUUUAUUUUACCAAAUUCAAAAAGUAAUGUGUGAUCAACAUUACAAUUUGCCACUUGCUGCGUGUCAGAUUGAGUUUUUAGAAGCUAAAGUAACUUCCCUUGGCAAUAGAUUCUGUGAAUCAAUAGUUUCACUGUUUAUUUGUGAUAAUUCAUUAGUCGUAUAAGAAAAAGUGUCGUUCAGAAAUAAAUUUUAAAUGGAA